AUGACGAGUAACGCGCAACCGGCAUCGUCGACGAAACCACCGCGACCAAGGUCACCGCACUUUCCGCCCCACAAUGCUCCUCGCGUCUGGUUCAUCACAAGAGGCGCAUCGCCCAUCGCAAUCGCGUUAGCACGGCAGGUGCUCGAGCAUGGCGAUUAUGUUGUCGCGGGCGUUAUGCCGAUUGAGUUUGAGAAGAGAGAGGGUCAAAGUGAAGACUUUCGUACAUUUCUCGAGGAUGUGAAGGCGACGGAUCGGUGGCGAGAGCAUUUGAGAGUUGUUGGACUUGAUAGCAGGGUGGUUGGGCAAUGCCAAGCAGCCGUCGCCGAGGCGGUAGAGGCGUUUGGGCGCAUCGACGUCUUGUUGUGCGCAGCAAGUGAAGCCGUGAUCGGUUCGGUUGAAGAGCUCGCGCAGACUAGUCGGACAAGGAGUCUAGUGGAUGAGAUCUUCGAGAUCAACUUCUUCGCCAACGUGAACAUCAUGAAAGCCGUGCUUCCCGUCAUGCGCGAACGGAAGAAUGGACAUAUCAUUGUCAUAACUGGAAUUACCGGCCAUCUUGGAACCCCUGGCUUGGGCAUGUAUUGCUCAUCGCAGUGGGCAGUUGAAGGAUACUGCGACAGCCUCGCCUACGAGAUUGCUCCUUUCAACGUCAAGAUGUCUCUGGUUCAAGCCAACAUGGAAGUCAACGUUCUCACUAAUCGCAUAACCUCUGUACCGCCCAUGUCCGAGUACCUACAAGGCGAGAACCCUGCGCCUCUAGCUCGCGAGAUCUUCUCUGGUCUGCUCGACAAGCUUGAACGCAUCGACAAUCCCGCUGCUCAUCCCUCAUUCGACGAGAACGCCACCAAGUCGCCUGGAGAAGAAAGCAUCGCAUCGGAUAUGAAUCCAGACGCCGAACCGACAAUGGGCGACCUGUUAAGCUCGGAUACCGUCACGAGUUUGUAUGCCCCGUUACCGAUGCGAGUCAAGAGUGAUCUGAUUGCGGAGACCGUGCAUGCGCUGACGGCAAUCGGUGGCCAUGAUAAUCCACCUGCACGGCACAUAGUGGGCUCCGAAGGUGUUACGGCUGUGAAGGAAAAGCUGAAGACGACGAGCGAAGAGUUGGAAGACUUCAUCGAAGUUAGUGGUGCCGUGGACAUUGUGCAAAGAGAUGGUGACGCAUCGAUUGGUAUGACCAUGGACCAUGGGAUGAUGUGA